UGCAGCCCAUGACCACCCACUCCGCUCCGCUUUCUUCCCCUCCCGCCGCCGGCGGAACCCAAGCUCGCCGCCGCCGCCGCCGCCGCCCACUCCACAUCCACUUGACUGACUGACACAGCCGGAGUAGCCCGUGGGUUACCCUCCACCUCGUGUCCAGCGACCAGCGGAGGAGCAGAAAUGUCUUCUUGGGAAGACGACGACUCGGCGGCCGCGGCGGCGGCGACCACUGACGUGGAGCUCCUGAAGCGAGCGUGGCGCAACGAGAAGGCCUCCCCGGAGAUCCUCCGCUUCGACUCCCCCCUCGUCUCCCGCGUCCGCGAGCAGAUCCAGCUCCUCGAGGAGACGCUGGACGACUUCGCGGAGAGCGGCGUCGACGACCUGGUGGUGUCGCUCUACCAGAUGGACCUCGACCGCACGCUCUUCCUCCUCCGCUCCUACCUCCGCCUCCGCCUACAAAAGAUUGAGAAGUACACGGUGCACAUCUCCAAGUCUGAGCAUCUCUUGAGCCGGCUGUCGCAGCAGGAGCAGCGCUUCGCCAAGAGCUGUACUGAGGUGAUGGAGAAGCAUCUCGAGCAGUCGGUGCUGUCGAAGCUUCCCUAUGGGUAUGACUCCAUCACGAGGCAAUCGUUGUCGAGCACGGAGGAUGACAUGGUUCCAGAGCCCCAGCUAGACACCUUCGUCUUUUGCAAAACCAAGAGCGAUGUAGGGGCCUUCCAGCUAGAUGAUAUAGGUGAGGAGGUUGUGGAUUUGGUUGCUGACGACUUGUAUGUCCUUCGGUACAAGUCCAUCAAGGGCCUCGUCGAGAGCGGCCAAAUUGACCUUAUUUGAUGCCAAUCACAGGGAUGCUAGCAAGUGGCCACUGAAGAUCAAAAUCCUGUGACAGACGUAUCAUAAACCUCUGGUUCACCAAUCUUCACUGGUCUUGUCAUGAUAUAUUUAAGUGGGUCAACUUUGGAUAUGAGAGUGACCUGAUGUGCUAAUUCCUGCGGAAGACGGAAUUAACUUGCACCAUAUGUGUUCGGCAGCAACCAGUUAGGAUAACAAACUAUCGUCUAUCUGUGCAUGUUAUAAAUCUGUUAAUUUUCUGGAUUGUCAUCAGCUGUGUUGUUAACCCUGGUCCUUCAAGAACCAAGAUCGUUAAUGUCCUCGACAGGAAAAAAAAAUCAAGUUCACUGGUGUUCAUUAUAAAUUGGACAACUAUU